AACAUUCCGCUUUUCCGGUUUGAUUGUGCCGUGUAGAAAGUGAAAGAUGCCGGUCGAUACUAAACGUGUCCGUGGCCCGGAGGUGUCACAGUCUCCGUUAUUAUUUGUUCCUCCCGUUUCACGGGUUUCUGACGCCGGCAGCAGGCGCGGCGCGCGAGGAGACGGUGAUGUGCGUCCGGUGUUUGCGCGCUGCGGUCUCGUGAGCCAGGCCAAGGGUUCUUCGUACCUCGAGGCCGGCAACACCAAGAUCAUGUGUUCGGUUUACGGUCCGCGCGAAACCGAGCGCAAGGACGAGACCGACAUGAAAAGCGGCCGCCUGGUGUGCGACUUCCGCCUGGCGCCGUUCUCGUGCCCGAAGCGCGGCGCGUGGAUCCAGAGCGCGGAGGAGCGCGACCUGUCGGCGGCGCUGGCGGAGAGUCUGCACCCGGGCGUGUGUCUGCACCGCUACCCGCGCGCGCAGGUCGACGUGAACGUCGUGGUGCUGGAGAACGACGGCUCCGUGCUGGCGCACGCGGUGACGUGCGCGUCCAUGGCGCUCGCGGACGCCGGGAUCGAGAUGUACGACACGGUGCUGGGCUGCGCGCUGAGGCGGGACGGACAGCGGUGCCUCGUGGACCCCGACCUGGCGGAGGAGCAGCGCGGCGGCGAGAGCGGCGGAAACCAGGGCCGCGUCGCGGUGGCGCUUCUCCCCAACCUCAACCAGAUCUCCGGGCUGCAGGCGGACGGCGACAUGCGCGAGGACACGUUAACGGCGGCCGUGAGAACGUGCAUGGAGGGCUGCCACAGACUGUACCCGGUGGUGCAACAAGCCAUACUGAAGGCAGUUAAAAUGAAGGCGCCCCCUCCACCGGAAAAAUAAAACUACUUCUUUUCA